AUGCAUUUCUUCCAAUACCUACCCGCAAAUACACAGUCACCACAGUCUACUACCAUCGUCUGUGUCUUGUUCACAGUUCUCCUCCGCCUCGACAUGGACGAAGAGGAGAACUCUGAGCGAAAGAUCGAGAAACGAGCCUUCACAGGCCAGAGGGCCGCUCCAACAUAUCCACGAAUAUCCACGCGCGAGCAGCGAAACAUACGCCAAAGCCCACUCUUACCCACUCCAUUAUGCACGUUUUACGUGGAUCAUGGUGCCAUGGGUCUGUGGCUCUGGCUCCUCCGUAGCUCCCAGCUUGCCAAGGGGAGGGGUGGGCCAUACGGCCCAUACCUAGCUAUCUUUCUCUGGCGUCUUCGGAGACUGCACCUUGCCGGUACCACCAGAAUUCGACUGACGAGCUUGGGAGGCCACCGGAAACUGCGUGCAUCUCGUCACUCUCAUGCAUUUUUUGUUUUUUUACCAUGGAAUCACGGCACGCAUGGCGCAUCCGUACGGCACUCCUCGGCACUCCUCCUCCUCCCCUCACUCGCUGGCCUGGCUGCGUACCAGUCCUCCAGUGCCACCCUGUUGCUGUGCCUCCUCGCCUCAGUUACAUGCCGUGAGGCCGGCGAUGGCAGAUGCAGCUUGUGGCGCCCCGUCUCCGACCAUGUACCACUUCCAAGUUCCAACACGCCUGAAUCCACACGAGAAAAUGGCAACCUGGGAUGCUGUUGCUACGCUCCCGGUAUGUCGACGGCGGCUGCGUACGCAGCAGAAUGGCGGUGCAACUUCAGCACGUCAACGCUUACCAAGUUUACCAUUCGGCAUAGUGCAAGCUGUACUGCCCAUCCCGUCAUCUCCAAUACUUGCUCAGCUACGGUGGGCUAUCGCAGGUAUCUUGGUCGUCGCACACCGCAGAUGCCCGACGCCGUAGAUGCCGCGCAUUCUGCAAAGUUCACUGCCAUCCCAGAGUCACCUAAGCCCAAGACGAUGGAUGCGGGUUAUCUUCCAGUAACUCUGAAUGGCUCCCUUGGCAUGCUCAGGUCCUACUGUAAGGUUCUCAAAUCGCUCCUCUCCUUCGCCGUGGAGACGGCGCUAGAGCCGGUCAGGCCGAGAAUUGUUUCAAAUUUCCCCUUCCUUUCCUUGCGCUUCGGCCGCCUCGCCCCCGGCUGCGGCAUCUUUCCACGCCGAAAUGAUUUGCUCAGGGCGCUCUUCUCUUGGCCUCUGGAGACUGGAGGGGUCUUGUCAUUCUUCCCCAUUUUAUACGGAUACGAGAGGGAGUUGGUCUUGGGACCCUUCGGUUUGCCUCCUUCCGGCAAAUGCGAGCGCGAACUUCCAAGGGGGAAACAGAACCAGUCGGCACGAGAGUACACCAUUCCGGCGGUUGUGUUUGGGCAGAUAAUGUUGGUUAUCAAGAGAUUUGGGGUAAUGCAGGUAGAGUUGUUAGACCGCCCGCGUCAAGCUCAAAAAGGGUGCCAUCACGCUGGGCUGGGCCAACGCGAUCAUCCCAACGACCCGGCCGAACGAACACCUCUUUAUCCGUACAGUCAGGCAGUUUGCACCCUUUCACCACGGAUGCGAAGAAUGGUGAAACCAAACCCGCGCCGGCCAAAUUUGGGGGGCACGGGGGUCACGUCCAAGGAACAACCGGGCUUUGGGAGCGGGCGGGGGCCACAACUUGUCAAGGGCUCGAGAUUGCGACUUGUCUCUGAUCGCCGUCAGGACAGGGGCGUUCCUGAUAUGAUUAUACGAAGUAUUACACCUGUACUCCGUACGGAUUUACAUAUGUCGUUCAAUCCCAUCAUCAUCAUCAUCAUUUUCAAACCGCAAAAUCCACCACGAGUCCUGGGCCAAGGCGCGCCCCCGAUAAAAUCAAUUGCCCUGGACACGGGCCGUGGCCCGUAUAACACUGUAAUCCAAAGUUUCUCCAUUUACCUAGUAUGUAUCCUUGCUUUCGGCCGCAAUUUCGAUAUGUCGUUGCGGGUAUCAAGACCAUGGCCCUCUCGGAUGUUUCUACACCACGCGACACGCGCCGCUCUUUGCUCAGUCAGUCCAACUUAUGGAUUCAACGAGCGAGUCGCGCGCGACACAAGCGUGAUACCGCAACACGGAGGGCACGUUUUCCCCCUUUCCGACGGAUGCCUUGGGGACGAUGGACCUUACUUUGGUGUCAAAAGCGGGGAACGGCCGGCAACCCGUUCGACAGUCCGGCCCGUCUCACCCUUUCCUGCCACCAUGAUCGGUCCAAGUACCCAUCCCGAGCUCUGUGUUGCUUCCGUAGGACGCUACCAGCCAGGCUGA